AUGGAGAAGUCAAAGCUCGUGACUGUCGGUCGGAGAACCGCCAAGAUGCCUCCCAAAUUCGAUCCCAAUGAGGUCAAGGUCAUCCACCUCCUUGCCACGGGUGGUGAGGUUGGUGCUUCGUCAGCUUUGGCCCCUAAGAUCGGGCCCCUAGGUCUUUCUCCCAAGAAAGUUGGCGAAGAUAUUGCGAAGGCGACAGGCGAUUGGAAAGGACUCCGCGUCACGGUGAAACUUACCAUACAAAAUCGCCAAGCCGCCGUCUCCGUUGUGCCGACCGCUUCCUCCCUAGUCAUCCGCGCAUUGAAGGAACCGCCCCGUGAUCGCAAGAAGGAGAAGAAUAUCAAGCACAACAAGUCUGUUUCGUUGGACGAGAUCAUCGAAAUCGCGAGGACCAUGCGAUACAAGUCCUUUGCCAAGACUCUUGAAGGAACGGUGAAGGAAAUUCUGGGCACGGCAUUCAGCGUGGGAUGCCAAGUUGAUGGCAAGAGUCCUAAGGCGAUUACCGAGGCGAUCGAGGCUGGGGAGAUUGAGAUUCCCGAGCAGUAA